CCUCCUGCUAGCGUACCGCCCGCACGCCGUCUGGUCGCCACACGCCGCUAACUCCCCGCGCUGCUCACAGAUGUCGCGGCCGCGCCGGCCGGCUCGCUGCUGCGCAUCCCCGGCCCUCAUGCUCUUAUUUACGGUUUGUUUAUAGUCGUGCAUCGUCACAUGGGCGCUCGGUGGGGCCAAGCGCGCUCCGACUGCUCGUAAUUUAUCCGGACGGCGACGGUGGUCGGACGCUCGGAGUGGGUGCAGGGCUCGCGCAGGGUCCGCGGGUCGGGCCAGCCUCGUUGCGGCCGCUUCCACUCUCAUUAUCUUGUUAACCUCCACUCAUGCGCCCAUUCCUAUUGGUUGCUGUCGGUCACGUGUUAGUAUUCCGAGCCCAUAUAUGGAGUAAUGUGCAAGUGCUAGAGAGGUUUCCCUUCGAGUAGUGUCGCCAUAAUCCAUCAACAUUGGGUGGAACAGUGGACAGAACUGCACUCGUGGAGCAAAUCCCUUGCGGACUCACGCGAUGAGCUCCUAUCAGUUCGUGAACUCUAUGUCCGCCUGCUACGGGCAGCGCGGACAGGACGCCAGUGGUGUGAACACAGACUACUACGGAGCCUCCGUCAAUAGUUACAACAAUUGCUAUUCGCCUCCACUACAGCAGUACGGAGGUUACACACCGUCGGGACUCUCGGCUGUCCCGAACGGCAGCGAAUUCCCUGGAGGAGGCAGUGCGGGCGUCGUAGUGACUUCGGCGUCGGCGGGAGGAUCGUCAGUAGGCACUCCGAGCGGCUCUGGCGGCAACACCACGCCCGGGCCCUCCGUUCAGGGGCGCCUCCACCAGACCUCCACCUCGCCUGCCGCCACGCCGCAGGCCUCCUCCUCCGCCUCCUGCAAAUUCGCCCCCACGCCAGAGUCGUCGACGGCGAACCCGGUCGGCUCCCCGCAGGACCUGUCCGUCUCCGCCGGCGGCAACGGGCCGGGCUCGAGCAGCUCCGGAAGCGGCUCCGAGCAGAACAGCUCUAGUCAGGGCGGCGGGGGCGGCAGCAGCAACUCCGGCGGAGGAGGCGAAGGAGCCGAAGGAGGAGAGAGUCUGGAGGGCGCCUCUGGAAGCGCGGGAGGCUCGUCCUCCGGGAAGCCCGCCCCCCAGAUCUACCCGUGGAUGAAGAGAGUGCACCUCGGCCAGAAUCAGAAGGAUGGCGGAAAAGGUACAGUGAACUCGAACGGCGAGACGAAGCGACAGAGAACGUCCUACACGCGGUACCAGACCCUCGAGCUGGAGAAGGAGUUCCACUUCAACCGCUACCUGACGCGCCGACGGAGGAUAGAGAUCGCCCACGCCCUCUGCCUCACCGAACGACAGAUCAAAAUCUGGUUCCAGAACCGCCGCAUGAAGUGGAAGAAGGAACAUAAGAUGGCGAGCAUGAACGCGGGCAUGGGCAUGCAUCCACAGGCGUACCAGCAUAUGCACCACCAGAUGAUGCACCCCCACCACCUUCACCCUCAUCUGGCGGAUUUGGAAACGAAAGGCUACUACUAGGGGUCAGCCUGGUCGUGGUAACUCAUAUGCAGAUGUUGUAGCCAGCGAGAGUGGGUGGCUACACUAUUCGGUAUGAGAGACUGCGACUAGGGUGUACCGGUGGACUACCUCCAUUCGUCACUCGCGGCCUGGAUAAGGACUACGGACUACUGAACGACGCCUUUUGAACUUUCGAAGCAAAACUUAUUGUGUGUGUUUUUUUUUUUUUUUUUUUUUUUUAUAUGUGCAUAUGUAUGUAUGUGUGUGUAUGUAGGAUAUAUAUACAUAUACGUAUGUAUGUAUUUUCUGUACCCUUCUUCUUAUUAUUAUUUUUUUAUCUUUUCUAUUUUGUGAUGGUGAUUUCGAGAGGUGGUCCUUAUUAUUGAUAUUGUCAUUGUUAUUAUUCAUGUUAUUAGUAGUAGUAGUAUUGUUGUUAUUAUCAUUAUUGUUAUUAUUAUUAUUAUUGUUAUUAUUAUUAUCAUUAUUAUUAUUAUUAUCAUUAUUAUUAUUAUCAUAAUUAUUAUCAUAAUUAUUAUCAUUAUUAUCGUUAUUAUUAUUAUUAUUAUUAUUAUUAUUGUUAUUAUUAUUGUUAUCAUCUUUAUUAUUAUCAUUAUCAUUAUCAUUAUUAUUUUUAUUAUUACCAUCGUCAUUAUGAUUAUUACUGCUAUCAUUAUUGAUUAUUUUCAUUAUAUUACAACUACUGUUACUAGCCUUAUUACUCUAACGCUGCCAUUAUCAAUAUCAAUAUUACGUUUACCUUUAUCAUUAUUAUCAACAUUAUCAUUUAUUGAGAAGGGAAGAAGGGAGGUUCUCUUCCUUUUUUCCUUUUUCUUUAUUUGUUAUUAUAAUUGUUAUAAUUAUUAUGUUUUUUUUUUUUACCGUGAUGAUUAUUAUUUGUUCUUUAUUAUCAUUAUUGUUAUGAUUACAAUCAUAGUGAUAAUAUUAACAAUAAUAAUAAUUAUCAUUAUCAUUAUUAUUAUCUUUUAUUGUCAUUAUUAUUUUUACUUAUUAUCACUAUUUUUAUUAUUAUUAUUAUUACUAUUAUUAUCAUUAUUAUUAUUAUUAUUAUUAUUA